CGAGGGGAAAGGGGAGUGACGCCUCUACGCGCGGAGGAUUGUGGGAGCAGGCUGUCUCCAAUUUCUCCUCCCCCUCCCCCUCCGGCCAAGAUGUCUGACAUGGAGGAUGAUUUCAUGUGCGAUGAUGAGGAGGACUACGACCUGGAAUACUCUGAGGAUAGUAACUCCGAGCCCAAUGUGGAUUUGGAAAAUCAGUACUAUAAUUCUAAAGCAUUAAAGGAAGAUGACCCUAAAGCAGCACUGAGCAGCUUCCAAAAGGUUUUGGAACUAGAAGGUGAAAAGGGAGAGUGGGGGUUUAAAGCUCUGAAACAAAUGAUCAAGAUUAACUUCAAGUUGACAAACUUUUCAGAAAUGAUGAAUAGAUAUAAACAGCUAUUGACCUAUAUUCGGAGUGCAGUCACAAGAAACUAUUCUGAAAAGUCCAUUAAUUCUAUUCUUGAUUAUAUCUCCACAUCUAAACAGAAUUCUGAUUUUUUAUGUCAGAUGGAUUUACUGCAGGAAUUUUAUGAAACAACACUGGAAGCUUUGAAAGAUGCUAAGAAUGAUAGAUUGUGGUUUAAGACAAACACAAAGCUUGGAAAAUUAUACUUAGAACGAGAAGAAUAUGGAAAACUUCAAAAAAUUUUACGCCAGUUACAUCAGUCUUGUCAGACUGAUGAUGGAGAAGAUGACCUGAAAAAAGGUACCCAGUUAUUAGAAAUAUAUGCUUUGGAAAUUCAAAUGUACACGGCACAGAAAAAUAACAAAAAACUUAAAGCACUCUAUGAACAGUCACUUCACAUCAAAUCUGCCAUCCCUCAUCCACUGAUCAUGGGAGUCAUCAGAGAAUGUGGUGGUAAAAUGCACUUGAGAGAAGGUGAAUUUGAAAAGGCUCACACUGAUUUUUUUGAAGCUUUCAAGAAUUAUGAUGAAUCAGGAAGUCCAAGACGAACCACUUGUUUAAAAUAUUUGGUCUUAGCAAAUAUGCUAAUGAAAUCAGGAAUAAAUCCAUUUGACUCACAGGAGGCCAAGCCGUAUAAAAAUGACCCAGAAAUUCUAGCAAUGACGAAUUUAGUAAGUGCCUAUCAGAAUAAUGACAUCACCGAAUUUGAAAAGAUUCUGAAAACAAAUCACAGCAACAUCAUGGAUGAUCCAUUCAUACGAGAACACAUUGAAGAGCUUUUACGGAACAUCAGAACACAAGUGCUUAUAAAGUUAAUUAAGCCUUACACAAGAAUACAUAUUCCUUUUAUCUCUAAGGAGUUAAACAUAGACGUAGCUGAUGUGGAAAGCUUGCUGGUACAGUGCAUAUUGGAUAACACUAUUCAUGGCCGGAUUGAUCAAGUCAACCAGCUCCUUGAACUGGAUCAUCAGAAGAGGGGUGGUGCACGGUAUACUGCACUAGAUAAAUGGACCAACCAACUAAAUUCUCUGAACCAGGCUGUGGUCAGUAAGCUGGCUUAGCAGACAAGCUCUUACAGACACGCCUAAGGCAGCAGUGCAGAGAUGUAGUCCUUAAAAGAACUGGGAAUGGCAAAACUACUGUCGGUUGAUAUGUCCUGAAAAUGAUUGGAGUUGUGGCAGAAGUGCUUUUUUGAUCAACUGGUUUGUGUUUUGCUGCUGCAUUUAUCCCAAGAAAAACAGCUUUAAUCUCCAGAAGAAAACCAAAAUACCAUGGGAUUUAUGCUGUAUUGACAUCUUGCCCUAAACAUACAACAUCAUAGUAAUUUGUCACGGGCAACAUAACCAGAGAGAAGAUUUUUGUCAUGAUUUUAAAUACACUGACAUGCUACUGUUGGUUAAAUUUAAACAUGUUUUACCUGCAGAAAUUCUCUCACAAAUAACCUGCAAUAACUUGAAAUUCAUACCCUUUUGAACACUUCUUUUUCUCAUGUAUAAAUGAAAAUGUUUGCUGCAUUUUGCAAAAUGUCAAUUCUCCAAAAAUGUGUCCGUAUAUUUCUGUACCUGCAGCGUAGUGAAGGUUUAGAUGAAACCCCAUAAUUACAGUGGCAUACUGUCACUUAGGUUUCAAGCAGCAAAAUAAACAGUGCAGCUCAGAAAUUGUAGUGUGGUUCUCGAUGUGUUUUUAUUACACUUGGGGUUGCUCUUUUGUUUUUUAGAACUUUAGAGAUUUCAGAUUACUUUAUCUUCAGUUAAGAUUUAAAAGCCUGAGGGCAAAUAAGCCAAUUAUCUGCUUUCAAGUUUUUAAAAUUAGUCUUUAUUGAUAAAGUGAGGAGAACUACUUUCUAACAAAACACUUGCAUAGUACUUAUUUUGACAGUAAUACUUUAGAGGAAUAUGAUUCUUUUUUUUAAAGAAUGAUAUUCCCUUUAAAAAGAGUGCAUGUUAACUCUCAGAAUGUCGCUUUAAACAAACAUGCCGGAACAUAGACAGCGAAGUGAAUGUUGCCUGCAGAGUGGACAUGCUGACGCAUAGACAGUGAGGUGACUGACUGCUACCCUGCAGAGUGAUCACGCCAGAAGGUUAUUUCCUAAUGCCAGCAACCAACCAUUGCCCAAAGCCUCUUGGGCUUGCUCUUUGAGAAUUGCAGUCAAAGUUAGUGUAAGUCAUAUGCUAUUAACUUUGUUUGUACAUUGUUUUUUAAAAGAAUAUUAAUAAGCUUGUUUUUAUUUACCCUUAUUUGGCACCAAAUGACAGUUUCCAAAACUUGAAUCUUAAUUCUAGAUAAUGCAGAAAGUUUGCAACUGACUUUGGAAACAAUCUCAAAAGAGUUGUGAAGGUAUUUUGUGCAGGGGCAGUGUAGUUAAGAAUGAACUGUGGCCUUCUAAGGAGAUGGAACUCAGCUCAUUUGAAUGUAUGGAGUUUGGGAUGUAUUUGUUUUAUUUUUUUUUUAAGUUCUCUUAUAGUGUCAAAAGAAGAGCUAAGGUUACACAGCUUCCUUGGUUUCUCUAUUGCUUGUUGUUAUGUAACCAGUGGGUGGUAGUUCAGAAGGAAGACUGUUGUGACUGGACAACAAAGAAUCAGACUUUAUAAAAGUGGGAGCGUGGGCUGAGAACAAGGCCUGCUUAUUUGGUUUUGUCAAAAUUUUACAAAAUAUGUGAUAUAUAUUUAUACUAAACUAUAUAAUCCUUAGAUAUAGGAAAGCAGCCAGUUCAUGUCUCUUACCAGACUAAAGCAGUAUUAAAUACAGAUAUAAGUUGGAAAUUGUAGAAAACUGAAAGAAGACAAAAGACAAAAUGUCAACAGUAGGGAAUAAAAAGUUUAAGA